CUUCAUUGGCCAAUGUGAAUGUCCAUGUGUGCUGUGUUGUACAGACCUGGUAGAGAGUUUGCCAGUCCGUGGGGAUCACGUACAAGGAUGGAAGGAUUCUGUCAUGGACAGCCUUUGUGGGAUACAAACCUAACAUGGUACAACAGUUGGCCAGAGUUGACCACCUGCUUCCAGGACACACUCCUUGUGUGGGUCCCAUGUGGAUGGCUGUGGCUGCUGUCUCCACUUUAUGUGUUCUACCUCACAUCACAAACUGAUGAUGUCAUCAAAUUAAGCCUUUUAUUCAUAGCCAAGUUGUUCACAUCUUGUCUGUUGAUGGUGACCACUCUUGUGAACAUGAUACAAGUUUUCAGCCAUCACCAUGACAACCAGUCUCCUUCCUAUUUUACUGCUGACGUCAUCUCACCUAUCAUCCUCUUCUUCACAUUGGCGUUGUCCUGUGGCCUAUCUAUGCUGGAGAGGAAGAAGGGCUUCAUCACAUCAGGCGUGCUGUUCUUCCUCUGGCUUUUCCUGGUCCUCGCCGGAAUUAUCCCCUUCUACCACAUCAUCAUACAAAAGACAUGUUCAACAGAUGUCCUGAAGUGUGCCAUGUUCUACUGCUACUAUUUACUCAUCAUAGUACAACUAGUUCUACACUCAUUUGCAGAGAAGAGGAGUAAAACUUACAUAGCAACAUCUCCAGAGGUGGACGCCUCCUUCUUGUCAAGAGUGCUGUAUGAGUGGACAGCGAGGCUUGUUAUUAAUGGCUACAAGACCCCUAUAAAGGAGAAAGAUGUGUACAACAUCCAUCCAGAUGCUGUAUGUGCAAGACUGAUGGAACCUUUCCUUCCCAACUGGCAUCAGGUGAAUGAAAAUUUUAAAGCAACAAAAAGGAAAUCUGACAAACAAAAAGAAGCUUUUCAGAAAGGCAAGUCUUCCAUCCAUUUCACCAACCAUCACACGUCAGAUGAGUCAACUCCACUCCUGGACUUCAAACGUCACUCUAACAAUGCAAGCCAAGAGGAAAAAGUAGCCCCACCAACGAAGAAGCCCAACAAAUACCCAUCUCUUUUGUCGGCCCUGGUGAAGACGUUCGGCAUUCCAAUUCUAAUCAGCCAUGUACCCAAACUAGUUUAUGACUUACUCCUCGUGUUUACACCACAGAUACUGGGAGAGUUGGUGAGCUUCACUGAAGACUCGAGCAUCCCAGCAUGGAAGGGUUACGUGCUGGCUGUUGCACUGUUUGUGUCAUCAGAGGUCCAGUCCCUUAUCAUACAGAAGGUCACAUAUGAUUCUUUCAUCUACGGGAUGAAGAUACGGGCAGUUCUAAUAUCUGUUAUCUUCAGGAAGUCUUUAACAAUGAACAGCCAAGCCAAGAAGGACUCCACAGUUGGUGAGAUAGUCAACUUGAUGUCUGUGGAUGCUAACAACAUCAACAUCCUCAUCACGUACCUGUUUUCCCUGUGGUCCAGCCCCCUCCAGAUCAUCCUGGCACUCUACUUCCUGUACCAGACAGUCGGCAACGCCAUGUUUGCCGGGCUCGCCAUCCUGCUUAUCAUGAUGCCCUUUAACGCCUUCAUCCUGGGAAAAGUGAACAGUCUGCAGCAGAGCAUGAUGGGAAGCAAGGACAGACGAAUCCGGGUGAUCAGCGAGGUGCUCAAUGGGAUCAAAGUUCUGAAACUGUACGCAUGGGAGGAAUCUUUCAAAGGAAAGAUUGAGAAAAUACGUAACAUGGAGAUUCACUUCUUGUGGAAAAUCGCUCUUUACUUCUCUGCUGUCACCUUUUCCUGGACAGCAUCUCCAUACUUUGUUGCCUUGGCGACGCUAGUCACAUACGUGUUCAUCACACCAUCUCACUACCUGGAUGCCAAAACCGCAUUCGUGGCAAUAACUUACUUCAACGUCUUCAGAGUGGCCAUAAAUCUGGUCCCCAUGGUUGCUACAGACAUUGUCCGAGCAAAAGUAUCCCUUGAGCGGAUAAGCAAGUUCCUGAGUCACGAUGACCUUGAUGAAUCUAGUAUUUCACACAGUCAGCACUUUGAUCAUGCUGUUACCAUGGAGAAUGCAUCUUUUACCUGGGAACCUGAGCUUGACCCAUGGCUGCAAAAAAUCAAUGUCAACAUCCCUGAAGGCAACUUGGUGGCAGUGGUUGGUCAGGUGGGGUCGGGGAAGUCGUCCCUGAUGUCGGCCAUGCUGGGGGAGAUGGAGAAGGUGCAGGGAUUUGUCAACAUGAAGGGAAGUAUUGCCUACGUUCCUCAACAAGCCUGGAUCCAGAACGACACCCUCCAGAACAACAUCCUCUUUGGGAAGGACAUGGACAGAAAACUGUAUGACAAAGUUGUCAGUGCAUGUGCUUUAAACAAAGACCUGGAAAUAUUAUCAGGAGGAGACCAAACAGAAAUAGGAGAAAAGGGCAUCAACUUGAGUGGGGGACAGAAGCAGAGAGUGUCUCUGGCCAGAGCCGUCUACAACGAUGCUGACAUCUACCUCCUGGAUGACCCUCUCAGUGCCGUGGACAGCCAUGUUGGCAAACACAUCUUUCAGAACCUUGUAGGACGUGACGGAUUGUUAAAAUCAAAGACCCGUAUCCUGGUCACCCAUGGAGUACACUGGCUGCCACAAGUGGACACAAUCCUUGUUCUGAGCAAUGGCCAGAUCUCUGAGAUUGGAACGUACGAGGAACUCAUGACUCAUAAUGGUGCCUUUGCCCAGUUCCUGACCACCUAUCUCACUCAGCAUAAUAAUGAAGAUAGUGAUGUGGAUGAGGAGGAGGAGGAGGAUGCCCAGGCAAUCAGGAAGGGCAUGUUGGAGCGACUUGUAUCUGUGCAGUCAGAGACGGAGACAUCUGGAGACGAGAUGAUGAGGGGUCACAUUAUGAGCAGAAUCAGAAGACAGUCAUCGAUGCUCAGUGGAAGUGAGAGUCAGUCAAUCGAUCCUGCUCACCAGGUGGCGCCGAGACAAAGAAAGAAGCUUAAGGAUAAAGUUAAUGCUGUUCCAACCAAGACUCCCCAAAUAGAUCGUCUCAUUCAGGAGGAGGAGGUGGAAGUUGGGAAGGUGAAAUGGAAGGUGUACCUGAACUACCUGAAAGCACUAGGUAUUGGGAACCUGGUUUUGGGCGUGUCCAUGUAUGUGUUGUACGAGGUCUUCCAGGUGUGUGGCCAAAUCUUGCUUAGUCAGUGGACCGACGACGUCAACCUUGGCAACACCAGCCUUCUGUCCAACAGCACAGAGAGGAGGCAGUACAACGACUACUACAUGGGAAUAUAUGGCCUAUUCGGAGUAUUACAGGCUCUAUUUGUCCUUGGCUUCGCUUUCCUUAUCCACAUCCGAUCCGUGCAUGCAUCCCGCAUCCUCCAUCACAAGAUGCUCACCAAUGUCCUCCGAGUUCCCAUGUCCUUCUUUGACACCACCCCGAUUGGCCGCAUCGUGAACAGGUUCUCUCAGGACUGCGACGUCUUGGACAACCAGCUGCCCAUCACCAUGGAGAUCUGGACAGACUUAGCGGCCCGCUUUGCUGCAACGGUGAUCAUCAUCAGCUACACCACGCCCAUCUUCAUGGCUCCGCUUGCUCCUCUCUUCAUCCUGUUCAUGUUUGUCCAGAGAUUUUACGUCACCACAUCCAGACAGUUAAAGCGGUUGGAGUCCAAGACACGAUCCCCCAUCUACAGUCAGUUCAGCGAGACACUGUCAGGAGCGAGCGUCAUCCGGGCAUACAAGGCCCAGGACCGGUUUAUCCUGGAAUCUGAGUCCAAGGUUGACACCAACAACAGAUACCUCUACAGCAGCAUCGCAGCGAGCAGGUGGGUCAGUGUCCGUAUGGAAUUCUUGGGGGCAAUCAUCGUCCUGUUGGCGUCAGUUCUAUCAGUGGUCACUCGGGACACAGUGACCGGAGGAGUUGUUGGACUCUCACUGUCAUACGCCACAGAGAUUCUAGGCGUCAUGACGUUCCUGACACGGCUGACGUCGGAGGUGGAGACGAUGAUCGUGUCAGUGGAGAGGAUACAGGAGUACACCCAGCUCAAGGAGGAGGCUCCAGCACAUAUUGAAGACACAAGGCCUCCACACAACUGGCCUCAUGUAGGAGGGGUGACCUUCGACAGCUACAGCACACGUUACCGACCUGGGAUGGACCUCAUCCUCAAGGACAUCAGUUUCACUGUCAACCCUGGAGAAAAGGUGGGCAUUGUGGGCAGGACAGGUGCGGGGAAGUCAUCUCUGACCUUGUCACUGUUUCGGCUGAUUGAGGCAGCGGGAGGGCAGAUAAUGAUUGACGGAGUGAGCAUCAACUCUCUUGGACUUCAUGAUCUCAGAGGCAAACUCACAAUUCUUCCCCAGGACCCUGUGAUAUUUACUGGGAGUUUGCGCUCCAACCUUGACCCCUUCAGUGAGUACAGUGACGCGCAGCUGUGGAUGGUUCUAGAGCAGGCUCACUUGAAGCAGUUCGUACUGACACUGCCAGACACCAUUCACCACGAGUGUGGGGAGGAUGGAGAAAACUUCAGUGUUGGACAGAGACAGCUGGUAUGUCUGGCCCGGACUCUGCUUAGGAACACAAAGAUCCUGGUUCUUGACGAAGCUACAGCAGCUGUUGACAUGGAAACGGAUGACCUGAUCCAGCAGACCAUCAGGUCAGAGUUCAAGGACUGCACGGUGCUGACCAUCGCCCACAGACUCAACACAGUCAUGGACUAUGACAGGAUUCUGGUGCUAGAACAAGGUUGUGUAGUAGAAUACGACAGUCCAGGGAAUCUCCUGCUGCAACCAAACAGCAUCUUCUGCAAAAUGGCCAAGGAUGCAGGACUUGCACAGUGACGGACAUCAGAUAUGAACUACUACCACCAAGGAUGCGGGACAAACACAGUGAUGAACAUCAGAUAUAGACCACCACAAAGGAUGCAGGACAAACACAGUGAUGAACAUCAGAUAUAGACCACCACAAAGGAUGCAGGACAAACACAGUGAUGAACAUCAGAUAUAGACCACCACAAAGGAUGCAGGACAAACACAGGGAUAUACAUCAGAUAUAGACCACCACAAAGGAUGCAGGACAAACACAGUGAUAUACAUCAGAUAUAGACCACCACAAAGGAUGCAGGACAAACACAGGGAUAUACAUCAGAUAUAGACCACCACAAAGGAUGCAGGACAAACACAGUGAUAUACGUCAGAUAUAGACCACCACAUUGAAUGCAGGACAAACACAGGGAUAUACAUCAGAUAUAGACCACCACAAAGGAUGCAGAACAAACACAGGGAUAUACAUCAGAUAUAGAUCUAACCUUUCUGGUUUUCUGGUCUGAAUAAGUAUCCAUAUGAAUUAAAACUAUUGUUGUCACUGAUGGUGACAAAUGUUAUGACACUUGUUUAAAAACUUUCUGUAAAUGAACUCUAGUUAUUUAAAACUUUCAUUUUAUAUGUGAGUCAGCAAGAAAUCCAUUUGUAUUGACAAAAUACCAAGGACUUCCAAGGGUAAAAUAUCUUCAAGGAUACUGAAUGUUAUGUGAUGUUUCAAGGUGAUGCAUAGUAGUGUCCUGAAGUGCCUAUAUCAAUGCUAACUGAAACAAACAUUUUGGACAUGCAUUAUUACCAAGAGGUCGUGCUGUAACUGUCAGCCGGUGGUGAGGAAUAGUUCCCUUCAUGACACUGCAUAGAAGGAAGUCAGCAGAUGUUAUCAAGCAUGUCAUAGAUCGCUCUGUACACUGCCUAUUGGAUGUGAUGAAUUGUUCUGUGAAAAACCACAACCAGGAACACAUGAUGAGAAUGAUGAGAAGCAAGAUGUAAUAUUGCAUUGUCAGUCUUGUCAGAUUUUUCUGUUGGUGCUAUAUGUGGACCUUUUAUUGUCCACUCAGUCUCAUUAAAAUCAGAUUUUGUAUUCUAAUUAUAUCUGUAUAUUCAGCGUGUUUGCGAUAAAAAAUAUACCAGA